ACUCCGACUCCGCUCGCGUUCCCGUACCCGCCCGGCGACGGCCGCCGCCUCCUCCUCAGCCGCUGCCCCGGGACAGACGGACAGACAGACGGCGAGCCUCGACGGACAGACGGUCUGACGGGUCGCUGCUCCCUCACCAGUCGCCAGCUCCAGGCCGCAGAAUCAGCCAAUAAUUGCAAUGAUUCUUCUUCAGUUUACUACCAGGAAGCUAGUUCCCCAGGUGGGCAAUUGGCUAAAGCAAUCCUCCAAGCUGCUCAUGACCCAGACUGAAAUGAUACGCCAAAGUUCAGAUUUGGCCGAAUUUCGGGAAGUCUUCGCCAAAGCCAAGCACAUAACAAUUAUAACAGGGGCGGGUGCCAGCGCGGAGAGUGGCGUGCCCACGUUCCGUGGAGCAGGGGGUUUCUGGAGGAAAUGGCAAGCCCAGGAUCUGGCGACCCCAGAAGCGUUUUCACGGAAUCCUUCCCGGGUUUGGGAAUUCUAUCACUACCGGCGCGAGCUGAUGCUGAGCAAGCAGCCGAACCCCGCACACGCAGCGAUUGCCGACUGCGAGGCCAGGCUCAGGAAGCAAGGCCGCAAGGUCGUGGUUAUCACGCAGAACAUUGACGAGCUGCACAAAAGAGCGGGAUCAAAAGAUAUUCAUGAAAUUCACGGCAGUUUAUUCAAAACACGUUGCACAAGCUGUAAAAAUGUCACAGAGAACUACAAGAGUCCAAUAUGUCAGGCCCUGGCUGGAAAAGGGGCACCAGAUCCCGACACGGAAGACGCCAGAAUCCCAGUGGAGAAUCUUCCCAGGUGUAAAGAGUCGGGGUGCAGUGGUCUACUUCGCCCCCACGUGGUCUGGUUUGGGGAGACUCUCGAUUCCGACAUCCUGAUGGAAGUGAAUAACGAGCUAGAGAUUUGUGACCUUUGUCUUUUGGUUGGCACGUCGUCGAUUGUCUACCCGGCAGCAUUGUUUGCUCCCCAGGUGGCGGCGAGGGGCGUGCCGGUUGCAGAGUUCAACACUCAAGUCACAAACGCCACCACACAAUUCAGAUUUUAUUUUAAAGGCCCUUGCGGAACCACACUACCACCGGCGCUGGCUCGUCAUGAGAGUGAAGCUAAUUUUUAAUGCAACGACACCGACAUUCGCAAGGAAAUAAACAAUUCAUAGGUCAAACGAAGCACUUUAACAAAUUGUGGUGUUUUUCAAUUAUGAACAAGGAGUGCCACUGAUUAAAUGGCAACACCCGGUGAUGCCGAGAAGUAAUUAUUUUUAGUGACAAAAUGAUUAACGACAAGAUUCUUAACUGUUUUGUUCUCUUGGAUAUAUAAGGUUGUUUCUGAUUACUCCUAUCAGAGAAUUAGUACCGCCAGUAUCAUUGUAUUGUAUGGAUUAGCAGAUUUCUCCAUAAUAAAACAACAAAAUUGUUGGCA